AGGGAAGAAAACAAUAAAGAAAAGCAACAAGAGAUAAAGAAACAUUCAGUGCCAACCCCAUUAUUAGCUUCCUUCAAUAUUUCAACGAUCUCUGCUCCCCAAUCUUCCUCUGUUCCUGUUCUUUCAAUCCAAAACUUGAUCUCACUUGGGCAUUUCUUUCUGUUCUUCUUCGUUUAUUUAUUUAUUUCUUCAAAUUUUGCAGCUGUCUCAAUCCAAGAUGUGAAACUCUUGAGUUUCCUUUGUUGACCCAAUUCGUCUUUCUUAAAAAAUGUGUUCUUGAAUCAUCUCUCUGAAUUUUCACGUAGCUGGUUUCUGAUAUCUCUGUUUUUCAUAUAAAUAUCUUUGGAUCAAUUCCAAGAAUUUAAAUCUGGGUUGUAGAAGAGGGAUGAUGAUGAUGACAAUGGAGGGAAUGAUGGAUAAAGGUGUGUUGGAUGAUAUUAUAAGGAGGCUAUUGGAAGGCAAAGGAGGAAAACAAGUGCAGCUUUCAGAGGCAGAGAUCCGUCAACUUUGCGUCAACGCCCGCCAAAUCUUCCUUUCUCAGCCUAAUCUUCUUGAGGUUCGAGCCCCAAUUCACAUAUGCGGUGAUAUACAUGGACAAUACCAAGACCUACUGAAAGUAUUUGAACAGGGGGGUUACCCUCCAGCUGCAAACUACCUGUUUCUCGGAGAUUAUGUGGAUCGAGGCAAGCAAAGCUUGGAGACAAUUUGUUUACUUCUGUCCUACAAAAUAAAAUACCCUGACAAAGUCUUCCUUUUAAGAGGAAACCAUGAAGAUGCAAAGAUUAACCGGAUAUAUGGGUUCUAUGACGAGUGUAAAAGGCGGUUCAAUGUUAGGCUUUGGAAAAUUUUCACUGACUGCUUUAAUUGUUUGCCUGUGUCUGCACUUAUUGAUGGGAAGAUACUUUGUAUGCAUGGUGGGCUCUCACCAGAGUUGGAAAACUUGGAUCAAAUAAAGGAACUUCCAAGGCCGACUGACAUUCCAGAUAAUGGUCUGUUAUGUGAUUUGCUUUGGUCUGAUCCUGAUGCUAGAAUUGAUGGCUGGGCAGAGAGUGAUCGUGGUGUUUCCUGUACUUUUGGAGCAGAUAGAGUUAUUGACUUUUUAGACAAGAAUGACCUUGAUCUCGUCUGUCGGGGUCAUCAGGUGGUUGAGGAUGGUUAUGAAUUUUUUGCGAAACGAAGAUUAGUCACUAUAUUCUCAGCUCCCAACUACGGAGGGGAGUUCGAUAAUGCCGGCGCUCUAAUGAGUGUUGAUGAAGCUCUACUGUGUUCGUUUGAGAUACUUAAAUCAAGUGCUGAUGAAGCCUCAAGUAGUCGUUUAACUCUUAAAAAGCCGCCUAAAGCUGGAAAGAUCUGAAGAUUUGGAGAUUUCUCUCAGCUCCAUUAAGAAACCCAACAAAAUCAACCAAUGAUUCGAAUUCUUCUAAUAGAUGACCUUGCACGAUAAGGGAGAAGCAUGAUCAUAUUGAUCAACUCAGGAGAAGCUCGAGCCUAUUGGAAGAUAUCUGAUAAGUCAAUUGCGCGGAAGUGUUGAUGAAAUUUGUACGUCAGAACUGCAUAUGCUUGUGCAGGGAAGAGGUUUUUAGUUUUGACUUCUUUUGGUCAAUAUUUGCUAAUUAGAUUUUGAGGGUACAGAUUAAGAAUGGUUUGCUUUGCUUAUUGUUCGGCAUGUGUAUAUUUAGUUUCAUGAUAGCAUUUUACGGGGAACUACUUCACUAACUAUUCUAGUAGCUUUUUUCUUUUUCACGGUAUGCACUUGU